GACUGCUCAGGGUGGAAAGCCAUGGCUCACCAACUCUGCUUCACCUGCCGGCUAUUGGUCUGCUGGGUGGUGGUAACCGUGGCGGAAGGACAAAAAGCAGUAGCCACCCCUCUUAGAGGUUCACAAGAUGACGGAGGCCCUACAGACUGCGAGAUCUUUACACUCACCCCUCCACCCACCAUAAGGAACCCGGUGACGAGGAUUCAGCUCGUCCCAAGGACACCCAAGUGUCCCUUUCAUUUUUUUCCACAAGGGCCUAGAGUCCACAUUAGGUUUCCAAACAGACCUUUCCUUCCUCGGAAGUGCAACCGUCGUUUUCAGUUUCGUCCGUUCUUUUGGCUACACAGUCGCCUCACUCCUCAUUAUAGAUAUUUCCCCAGAAGAAAACUGUGGAGAGGAAGCUCCUCUGAAGAAAGCAGAGAGAAAAGAGAAGCCCCAAACAUGCUGAUGCAAAAGAGGCCAAUACCUCCGAAAAGAGAUUAAAAAGAUUCCUGCUUUCUUUUUCCAAACUAAAAUGAUUGGAGUUGAACAUGAAGUAUCUUAAACACCACAGACUAGAAAUCGUUCUUCAUGUCUGCAGGGAAGAUAUCGGCUUACAGGAUAUUCAUGUUUGCCAGAUAGGAGCGAUAACUACAUUACUCUUAUCCCCAACUUUUUAAGAUCUCAGGAUAUUCAUGCAAAUAAAAUCCUAAAAUGGGUGGUUCCAAGAAUUCCUGCACAGACUGCAAUGCCAGGAGAAUCAGCUCUCUCUUCUAAACUAAAGUGAAAGCAUUUAAACAAAUCGAUAUAAACCAAAUGAAGACAUUAAUGACACCCUUUUUACUCACUGGAAAACUUACAGAGCGAAGCGUAUUUACAAAGUGAACUGUAAAGGAAAUUAUAGAAAACUGAAAGUUUAAUGUUAUUCUUAUUUUACUCUCUGUUUGGCCAUGGUGUAGAUAGUGACUACUUAUUUGUUUAUCUUUUACCGAGGUGUAAUUGACAUGACAUUAUAUUAGUUUCAGAUGUACAAUGUAACGAUUCCCUAUUUGUAUAUAUUGCAAAAAAUCACGAUAAGUCCAGUUAACAACCAUUACCAUACAAGUUAUGAUUUUUUUUUCUCACAAUGAGAACUUUCAGGAUCCACUCAGUUUUCUAAUGACAACGACAAAAGAAUUAUAAUCAUUAAAGCAAAACAAAGUUAUGGGGCAUCUAAGAUAAUACCUUGAAGAUAUCAUAAACUAAAUCACCUAACUUAAAAAACUAUUUUUUAACUGUAAUAUCUAAAGUUACUUUUAUGUUGACUUUUUAAGCAACCAGUGCAAAUUAGUUUGAUAAGUAUCUCACUGUUUCUCACCUUAUCAUCAUAUGGAUACUAGCUUAGAUUGCUUAUUAUUUAUUUCCCCUAGAACUUUCAGUAAGGUUCCAGACUCAAAGUCUGAUUAAAAGUUUACAUGGAUGAUUUCACUCAUAUGUGGAAUUUAAGAAACACAGCAGAUGAACAUAGGGGAAG